AGAGCGAGACAGAGAGAGAGACACAGAGAGAGAGAGAGAGAGAGAGAGAGAGAGAGAGAGAGACUGGGGAUCGCCGCGACGAAGCCCUACUGGAUACCGUGAGCGCUUUGGGUUCGUGAGAGGAGCAAAGUCGGACGUGCAUUUCAUUUACCAGGAGAGACUAAGACGCUGUUUACCGUGCGGUUUGUGGGAUACUUGUUUCAUGCUGGAUAGUAGGAGCGGCUGCGCGAUGAAGUGACGGAGUGACAAAAAGAGAGCGUUAUGGGAUUAGCGGCAUAGCGGUAAAUCAGGAGCUGCAGACUUUUCGGAUUUGAAGGUCACGGGGAGCCAGAGCACAUCCAGCUUCCAUCAAGACUUCCCCUGUGGUUUUUCACCUUCAUAUUUUUCUUCUUCUCAUCAGAGCUGUCAGGCAGGACACACUUUGAUGACAGCAAGAGGCCAGCAUCACAAGGCGCUAAGGAGCUGCAUCAGACACUGCGCAGACAUUUGCCGUAGAUGUUGGACACCUUUUGAUGACAACUAGAGGCCAACAUCACAAGAAGAUUAGGAGCUCCAUCGAAGUACGCGUGCUAAGCAGACAUUUCCCAUAGAUGUUGGUGGUCUCCCCGUCACACCUACGCUGCUGUGAUCCUGUGAAUGGUUAGCCGCCAAUCCUCGUCCCAUUCGGAGCGUCUUGCCAUGUCUGCCCGCUCGAGCUGACAGCCGUUUUUUUCUUGUCGUCCCUUUCAUCUGCGGCCAGAACGGAUGGCAUCUCAACCACAAUGAAGAAUUAGAUGCUUGCACUGCUGCGCCCGUCCGCCUUUUUUUUUUUUAAUUUUUUUCUUUCCCACUUUUUUUGUUGCACAUGAUCAGUAUGAGGAAAACAAAACUACAAAGCGCACUUCACGCUGGGCUGCUGAGGAAUGCACUCUCGUACUGAACACUUCCUGACGUGUAUCCAAGCGGAGAGACGUUAAAUCUUCUAUUCCUGUGGCCACCAUUGUUGUUGACCUUUUCUGCUGGAGCCAACAAGUCAAGACUCUCAAUUAUGAUUUCAUUUUCUCAAAGAGCGUAAAACUAGGAAAAGGCUUACACCAAUCAAACUCCCAGUCGACGGAGAACGCAGGACUAGUUUUCCACUUGGACCCCCGUUUUUUUGCUUCUCAAGCCUAAAAUGCCCUUGUUGCAAAGAUUUAAACACAUCAACCUGAAGAUUUCUACCCUGACUUUGAUAUUCAUUGUCUUGACACUGACCACCGUCCUGUGGAGCUUGAGUUUCCACGAUCCUUCCUCCCCGUAUUUCCUUCUUCUCAAGGUGGCCUCCUUACCCAAAAAGCCUUGUGCCUGUAAACGCUGCAUCGGAGAACAGGGACUCUCCCCCUGGUUCGAUGAACGAUUCAACCAAUCAUUAAGUCCUCUAAUGACAAAGAAUAACAGUGUCCUCCCUGAAGAUGUCUACAGGUGGUGGCUGAGGCUGCAGUCAGAGAAGAAGCCUGCCGAUUUCAAUGAGGUAAUAAAGAAACUGUUUGAAAUCGUCCCUGGCCAAGACAUUUACAUGGACUGGGGACCCACGCGCUGCAGGAAGUGUGCCGUGGUAGGGAACUCUGGAAACCUCAAGGGAUCCAAUUAUGGGGCCGAGAUUGACUUGAAUGAUUUUGUGCUGAGAAUGAACCAUGCUCCGACUAUUGGAUAUGAGAAGGAUGUCGGGAGUAAAACCACUCAUCACUUUAUGUAUCCAGAAAGUGCCAAAGACUUGCAAAAUAGCACCAUCCUCGUCCUAGUCCCUUUCAAGACCCUCGAUCUGCAGUGGAUCACCAGCGCAUUAACGACAGGGACCAUCAAACAGACAUAUUUCCGGGUUUUAUCCAGAAUAAAAGCUGACAAAGAUAAGGUCAUAAUCUACAGCCCCCAGUUUUUUAAAUAUGUCUACGACAACUGGGUGGAAAACCACGGGAGGUACCCGUCCACCGGGAUGCUGACCUUAAUGUUCGCAAUUCAUAUCUGUGAUGAGGUGAACCUCUAUGGAUUUGGUGCUGACAGUAAUGGAAACUGGCAUCACUACUGGGAGAAUAACCGCUUAGCUGGAGCUUUUAGGCACACGGGGGUCCAUGAUGCCGAUUUUGAAUACAACGUCACCAUGCUGCUUGCUGAAAAUGGCAAAAUCAAUAUGUUCAGAUGAGGGUGGGUCUUUACAUAUGGACUGAAAUAUGGACGUUGCCAUUGUCUGUUCAUUUUGGCCAAAGUUAUAAAUUGGUUCAAAAAGCCAGUUACUGAAGAGGGGAAUUUAAAGACGUACUGUGUUUUAAAAAUGUAUUAAGACAGAGAAGCACAGGGAGAGACACACACAAACAAUAUUUUCUGAAAUAAUCUGCUUUAUAGUAGAUUUGCGCUCUAUUGGUGGGCUAAAGUGAGGCACCUGAUUCUGGUCCUGGGGGGAUCAUGUGCCUGUUGGUGUUUCAUUUCAGCUAACUUCUAAAACAAUGUAUGUAUUUCUGCAAUUGUAUGUCAAGCUCGACAUGAAAAGAGUGAAGUAAAAACUCAAUUCAAUUAAUCAAUUCUAAAAUAUAAUCCACUCAAGGCCUUGGAUGAAAUUUCUAUUAGCGUCAUAUUGCCAAGUGAGACCAGCUGCUCAAACUAACCACUACAGGAAGUGUGCACAAGAAGUCCUGCUAAUUUCCGUACCUUUUCCACACUCUCAUUGUCUAGAUCAGAGACACAGCAAUUGUACAGUGGCAGCUAACAUGUUCAUUGAAUAAUAUGGAAAAAUGGUGAGGGUCGGUGGCACAGUGGUAGCGCUGCUGCCUCGCAGUUAGGAGACCCGGGUUCG